AUGUUAUCGACAGGAAAACUUCUCGGUAUAAUCAAUUGGUGUUCAAUUUUCGUGUGUAUUCUUAUAUUUUUAUCGAUUUUUUUAAUGAUAUAUAAAUGUCGUCGAGAAUUACAUGAUGCAUCUUUAUUAUUAACAUGUAAUACUUGUUUAGGUGCAUUCUUAACAUGUAUUACAAUGUGGGUAAUGACUGGUUCAAACUUAUUUACUGGAUUUUUACUUUACAAUAUGAAAUUUUGUUACGCAUGGGGUUUAUUCUAUGAUAUAUUUGAAUGUGUAAUUUAUUAUAGUUAUUGUUUACAAGCAUUUUAUCGUUUAUGUCGUAUUGUGUUUUAUACAAAGAAAUUUCUGACAUCCUUUACUUUACAUUUUAUAUUGAUUAUUUGUCAAUGGCUAUUGAUAUUAGCCCUUCUUAUACCACCAGUUUUUGUCAAUUGGUAUACUCGUUUACCAACAGAAAACUAUUGUCUUAUUCCUUAUACAAAUGUUAUUGCAGAAGUUUAUCAUAUUCUUAUUUUAUAUCUUAUUCCAUUAAUUUGUAUUGGAUUAGUAUAUUUAUGGAUAACUGUAUUUAUGCGUCGGAGUACCCGAGCAUCGACACUUAUUAUUGCAGUUAUACAACGACAACGAAAUCAAAGAGAUUUAACAGUUAUUAAACGUAUUAUAAUGUUAAUAGGAAUAUUAAUUGCAUUACGUUUUCCAACAAUCAUUUUUAUGAUAUAUGCAGUUAUGUUUGGACAAACCUAUCCAUUAACAUAUGGAAUAGUUGGUAUUAUUACAUCAGCAUGUUUAAUAUUUAUUGGAAUUGCGACAAUUUAUACGACACCACCAUUGCGAAAACUAAUUCACGCUCAUCUUGUUCAACAAAAUAAUCGAGUACAAGCUGAACCAAUACCAAUGACUCAAAUAGGCGCUCCAAUCACAAUGAGUGAUAAUGUCAAGAGCACCCAAAAAAGCAAACGAAAGGCUAUUAUAUCGUUAAAAAACAAUUCUUAA